CUACAAUCAGGGAUUUAGUUCGUUCGUUCACUUUAGUGAUUAGUUCAAUAGAACUUAAUCCGAACGAUUUGAUACAACUCUACAUUUGAGCCAUCCCUAAGUUUUUCGAAGAACAAAAAGAAAGAACGGCAGGCAGGACAAGGCAGCAGUUUCAAUUUCAUUCCUAAUUUAUAGUAACCGUAGUAAGCAACCAGAAGAACACACGGCAAACAAUGCCUUCGGCUGCUACCACAUUCACCAACAACAACAACAAUAGCAAGGAGAAACGCGCCUCGGUCAGCUCAAUUGGUGCGAGCAGCAGCGUCGGCGGCGGCGUGGGUGGUGGCGGCAGCGGCGGCUGCAACAAUAGCAACGCAAGCAACGGACAGCAUAGCAGUAAUACCAAUCUAGCUGAAUGUGCCAAGACUGUUGUUGUCGCAGCAGCAGCAACUGCAGCUGGUAGCGGAGGUAGCCAAACUGAUUUGACCAACAACAAUAAUGUCAAUGCCAAAACGCUGAAACUGACUGCUGCCGCCGCCGCGGCCGCUGAGCCGUACAAUCCGAUGAAGCAAAUUCUGGUCACCAUUGAGCACAAGAUUCGCAACUUGGAGAAGCGUAAGACCAAACUGGAAUCGUAUCGGGCGAUACAGAGCGGAGGCAAGGAACUGAGCUCCGACCAGGCAGCUGCCGUGGCCAAAUACGACUCUGUCCUGGCGACUAUGGAAUUUGCUCGCGACUUCUCCAAGCAAACGCAGCAGAUGUUCAAGGAGGCCGAGAAGGAGCAGAAGAAACAGUUGCGCAAGGACAACCAGGCCAAGGCGGUGGCUGAGACUGCCAAGAUUCGCGAUCUUUUGGUCAUUCAGAACGUUCUCACCUGUUUCAACGAUGAGCAGGUGCGCAAUGAUUUCCUGGCCGGUGAGAAUGGCGCCUGUAAACUGGAAGCCAACGAACUGGCGACGCUUGAGAAGUUCUGCCUAGAGGUGCAAACUCGUCGCCCGGAGACGGCGGAGGACAUAAGCUUUCUGACGACCGCCCAAAAGGCAGCCGAGCUCUUUGCCAUGACGAUCAAUGCUCGGGCCAAGCCGUACGGUGAACUGACGUUCGAGAAAGUGCGCGCGAUCUUCCAACAAAUUCAGGACUGUGGCUAUUUGGACAAGUACUAUUUGAUUCCUCUGGCGGAUCAGGGCAACAGCACGGACAGCGGCACGGUAAGCGGUGAAGGUGAGACGUUGCUGAAUGAUGCGCCCGUUGCUGAUCCGGAUACGCUUAUAUCGGAGCCAUCGGCACAUAAUUCAUUGGAGGAAGGUCUGGACAAGCUGUCCAUUGGCGAUGCUGGCGCUGUCCUGCCGGAGCUGCAUCAGCCGGAGCGUGCUCAUGUACUGCACGAGUCGCAGCAUCAACGUGCUCCCCAUGAUCAGCAGCAGCAGCAAUUGGUUGUCCAGCAGCAGGCGGGCGUCUAUAAUGCUGCUCCGGCGGCUGCAGCUACGGGUAACACGACGCCUGUCCAUGUGGUGUAUGCAUCAGCACCACCACAGCCACAGCAGGCACCGCCAGCGCCAAUCCAGCAUCCACAUCCGCACCAGCUGCUGAGCAGCCCCGUGAAUCUCCAGGCCUUGCACCAGCCCCAGGCGGGCGUUGCCGCUGUGCCAUCGGUGGCCCCACAGCAACAACAGCCACAGCAGCAGCAACCACAACACUUUGGGCCACCCACUGUGCGCGCUGUGGAGCAUAAUUACUUCAAGCAAGCGCCGCUGCAGCCACCACAGCCAACGCCACAACAACAACAGCAGCAGCAGUUCAUGCAGCAAAUGCGUCCGCUGGCCGAGGUACUUGGCACCGGCAGCUUCCACUUUCUGCAGGACAGCGAACUGGAUGCGCCGGAGGUAAUGCCUCCUCAGCAGCAACAGCAACAGGCACCGCCGCCACAGCAAUUGCCGGUGCAGGGAUUAGUUUUUGAGCAACAACAACAAGCGCAGCAAAGCCAGAAUCAUGUGGAUGAACCGCAGACUAUAACCACGCUGACCUUUACCAAUCAGUCCUUCCCGUCCCUGCAGCAGCAGCAACAACAACAACAGCAGCAGCCACUGCAACCACAGCAACAACAAUUGUUCUCGCCUGUGUUGAUACACGAUCAGCAACGCCAACAACAACAACCGAUGCUGAUCAUGACACGUUUGCCACCACAACAACAACAGCAGCAACCACAGCAACAACAACAGCAACAGGCACCACCUGCUCCUCAGGGAAUUGGCAUGCAACCAGGUGAUGUCACCGCAGUGUUCCCUUAUGACAGUGCCGUGGUCAGCUACGAGCAGCAGCUGCAACAACAGUUGGGACUGAAGCAACAACAGCAGCAACAGCCACCACAGUCAAAGAUUGAGGAACAACAGCAGCAACAGCAGACUGUAAAUGAGGUGGAGGAGUGGCAUGGACGUGGUGGCGACACAAAUGCAGCUGCCACAGCUGCGCUGACCAAUGUGCUCAAGACCCAAUCAUCGGUAUUGGUGGAUCAGGUGGUGACACCUGUUCCUGCCAACAACAACAACAAGUGGAGCAGCGAAAUGAAUGCGAUGAGCAGCGCAGCAUCCAAUGGCAGCAACAGCAGCAAUGGCAACAAGCAGGAAUGGGCCACGCCCAGGGACAAUAGCAACGGACGUGGAGGUGGCUAUGACAACAACGAUACUGCCAACAAUCAUUGGAACAACUCCGCACAGCAGUCCCAGGAUAAUGGCAACCAGGUGCGACGCAAUUCCGGUAAUUACCAACAGCAGCAGCAACGUCGCAAUGGCGCCGGAGACGAGCGUGGACGUAACGGAGGAGGAGGCGGAGGUGGCAACUAUCGCACCCGACAAUACGGUAAUUCGUCGUCAACGCAGCAGAAUGGACGCAACAGUGGCGUCUAUUUCCGCAACAAUGAGUCGAGUGGAGGAGGCGGAAGCGGCGCUGGCAACGGCGCCGGAGGUGGAGGCGGCAACAACAACUACUAUCAAAACGGCGGUGGUGGUGGUGGUGGAGUUUACAACAAGGAAUCACGCUAUGAUUCAUCAGGUGGCGGCUCCUAUCGCGGUCAGCGCGGCGGUAAUCAGCGCAACGGCAACGGACCCUUUGGACGACCCAUGGGGGAUCGUGGACGCAACACGGGUGGAGGAUCGGGGCCGGGCAACGGCGGCGGAGGUUACAUUAAUCAGCGUCAAUCACAGCAGCAGCAAAGAAUGCCGCUGGGCUUGGAGAAUAAAAACUAAGCAGUGAAAAUCGUCGCAGCUGUUUGGCCGUGGCACAUGUAUUAAAAGAAAAGCUCCUCUCACACAUCUACACAUCCAUUUACAUAUAAUAUACGCAUUACACAUCAUUACCACACUCCCACUGUCACCCACACACACAUACACAUAUUCACAAGCAGCGUUGCCACGUUGGCGUUCAAUUUACCGUUAGUCAGCAACGCGAAAAAGCUGCAAAAAAAAGAAAACAAACGGAAAAGUUUGCGCAUUUUUUUUCAAAUACAAUUAAAUGUUUCUAUAUAAUUAUGAUUUAUUUAAUUAAUUAAUAAUAAAAACAAAAACAACAUAGUUAUUAGAACACCUAUAAAAACAAAUACAACACAUACAGGAAAGUUCAAAAACAAAAACUACACACACACACACACGAAAGCAACAACCAACAAGAAUAUAAUGCAAAGGGGUUUUUAAAACCCAAAAGCAAAACAAAAAUCAUAAAUAUAUAAAAAGGAAUGGAAUGCAGAGAAAGAAUGAAAGUGCAUGGGCACUGGACAAACAGCUGCACAGAAGAAAGCGGAAGAAAGGAAUAACGAAUAGAGAAAGAUGCGGAGAAAAGUGCGUGAAACUUUUCAAGUUAUUAAAUACAAUGGAAACAGAAAAUAAAAGUAUUUAUACGUCUUAGCAAUUAAAUUACAAUUUCGAAACAUACAAAUUAUAUUUAAUUAAUUAAUAUAAUACAUUGCGAAUGGAUGAUGAAAAUAUGAAAAACAAAAACCGAAUGCAACUUAUGUAAUUUACUAUAAACAAAUAUAUUUAUAGUUUGUGCUCUUACUA